AUGAAUGAUGUAUCUCAGCCCUCAGAUACAGGCUCCUGGAAAGAAGGAAGAUUAUCAUACCUCCGACCACACGAGCCAUCAGCACUUGAGAUAGCAGCAGAACAAAUGAGACUGUGGCCAAAUAUAGAACAAAAGAAACAGCGAGAAUUAGUUGAACAAGAAGAAUCGACACUCUACUCACAAGCAAUACAUUAUGCAAAUAGAAUGGUAUUUCUUCGAAUUCCUCUUGAUGUCAAUGCAGCUGUUCAUAAACGAACCUUUAAUGACAGGGACACUGCCAGUAACAGCAUAACCAACAGUAUGGCAGAAAGUGACAGUUUAGAUGCUGAGUCAGGAUUUGAGGACCAGGAACAAAGUGACCGAGAAGCAAGUGUAGUGCGCUUUGUCUCCAGAUUUGUAGACAAAGUGUGCACGGAAGGAAGUGUAACAGAGGAGCACAUAAAGUCCUUACAUCAGAUGAUACCAGGUGUGGUAGCUAUGCAUGUUGAGAUGUUGGAUGCAGUGUACAAAGAAUCUAAACGCUUACCACCAAUACAGAAGUCGACUAUAUACAUCAGACGUGAUGCAUAUAGGCAGAGUGUAGAUGGUACUUACAAACCUGAUCCAAGGUACACAGAAAUAGUUUAUGGUCAGCCCAAGAUUCUUUUGCCAUCAUUAGUACCUGGAGAGGAAGUUAUGUACGAGGGUCUGCGAGUUUACUUGUUGCCUGAUGGUCGAGAGGAAUCUACUGGAGGUCAUGUGGGCGGUCCUAUGUUACUGCCUGCUGAAGGAGCAUUGUUCCUCACUAAUUACAGACUCAUAUUCAAGGGUCUCCCUACUGACCCUUAUGCGUGUGAACAAGUAGUUGUGCGGUCUAUGCCUGUGUCGUCCAUAACCAGAGAAAAGAGAGUACCAGCCAAUCAACAUCCAGGUCCUAUGGAUCAGUGGCUAAACGAAGGCCUUCAGAUACGAUCUAACACCUUCCAGCUGAUUAAAGUUGCCUUUGAUGAGGAAGUUCCGCAGGAGAGUAUUGAAACAAUGCGAAAAUUAAUCAACCGGAUGCGACACCCACCAACUAUCCACCAUCUUUUCGCUUUUGUGGGCCACAGCCAUGUACCUCAGACACCCAGUAGACAACAAAAAGACAAGCCUGGAUAUGGUACACUAAGAGGGUUUGCAAAGAAAACCUUGAUGAAAACUGCUAAGGCUGCAGGUCUAAAGCCAAGCAAAGGAGGCAAGCGACACAAGUAUGUGUUCCCUAGUAAUAACAAGUCUAUGACAUCCCCUGGACGAAUGAGCCUAGCCCAGAUGACCAACAUGGAUUUAAGUAAUGAAGACUUGCCCCAUGAUGAUGACUUGUCAAGCUCGAGUGCUCGAUAUGGCUUCCUAGGUACGAGUAAUAAAGGCCAGUGUAAGCUGCUGCGUGUAACGUCGCCCGUGAGCCGCAGCUCCGAGGAAUUGGACUGUGGAGGGAGACUCUCACCCAUUGUAGAUGAGCUAGAAGCAUCAGGUUUAAGCAAUGGGUCAACAGGUCAACUGUCUGUUGCUGGCUUGGUUGGUAUUCGUGAGGUAGAUAAUAAAACGCUUGAGAAACUGUCUGAACGCAGCUAUCACAAAGAUUACAUGCGUCUUGGCCUUGGCAGUCUUGGAAGUAAUACUACCACAGUUCCACCAAGAACCAAAUCUGAGUUUAGAGUCACAUCCUCUAAUAUCAAUUAUCAGAUAUGCAGAAGCUAUCCAGCUCUGCUCUCUGUACCGUCCAUUACUGGUGAUGAUAGUCUUCACCGCCUGGCUCGAUGUUACCGCCACAAUCGCUUACCAGUUAUCACCUGGCGACACCCUCGUACUAAAGCUCUACUUUUGAGAGGGGCUGGCUUUCAUAGCAUGGGUGUUAGGAGUAUGCUCAUAGGAUCUUCCACGACUACAGGCAACACUAGUGAGGUGUCACAUUCAGUUGAACAAGAGAAGUAUUUAGCAUCAGUGGUGCAGUCAACACCAGUGUCUGUCCUUCGAGAUGGUUCCUCAUGGCGACUCACAGACUCAUCCCUUUCCAUAAACUCCCUGGUGCUGGCAGCAGGGGGACCUACCCUAGAAGUUCCCCAGUAUCAUCCUACUUAUGCUACGCUUACACCUGAAGUUGGCAGAAAAACAAAUCCUCUUUCAAAGGCCAUGAACACAUUACGGACAAGCGGGGGCAAGGGUACUGGCAGGAUGGGGCGGUGGGGCUCCAUGCGCGGGUCACGACUGGGUGUCCCGUCCAGUGGUGGGGCUGGAGGGACCCUUGGGACCCUCCGCCACUACCCUACAACCACCCCUGCCCUUCGUUCCAGCAUCAGCACGGGGCCAAGACUCUCUGUUGAUUCUUCUGACACUGGUUCUGAAGCGGUACAAUCCUUCCACAAGGCUGCUCUCUAUGUUUUCGGUGAAAAAGCACAAAUUAAGGGUAUCAAGACUGACGCUUACCACAAAACAGAGUUCAUCCCAGUUGACUUCACAGAAGUACGACAGAUUAAAUCCUCAUUCAAGAAGCUGAUGAGAGCUUGUAUACCAUCUUCCCCAGCUGCGGAGCAAGAACAGUCUUUUUUCAGAGCCAUUGAAAACAGCGAGUGGCUGAACCAGCUAGAAUCUCUUCUUCAGGUUUCUGGGGCCAUAGUAGAUCUUAUAGACCUGCUUGGUGCAUCCGUUAUGGUGCUGUUGGAAGAUGGGUGGGAUUUCACUGCUCAGGUAACUAGCAUAGCCCAGCUGUGCCUUGACCCAUAUUACCGAACUAUUGAGGGGUUUCGAGUUUUGGUGGAAAAAGAAUGGCUUGCAUUUGGUCACAGGUUCAACCACCGGUCAAAUAUCCUCCAGGGAUCUCAAGCAAGUGGCUUUGCUCCCAUCUUUCUACAAUUUCUUGAUGCUGUUCACCAAAUUCAACGCCAAUUUCCAUUGUCGUUCGAGUUCAAUGAGUACUAUCUCUGCUUCCUGGCCUACCACUAUGUUUCUGCACGUUUCCGCACUUUCCUGAGCGAUUCAGAAUUGGAGAGAGCAGAGUUGGGAAUCAUGGUGGAAGAAGACAAAAGAGGCUCCCUGUCUCGGCACCAUAAAGGUCUGGAAGCAACACAAGAUGAUGAUAUAUAUCCAGGAGGAGGGCGCUUAGGAUCUCCUGGCUCAUCAGGUCACCUGGGACAAUCUGUGUUUGACUACAUAGAGAAGCUCAGUGGACGCUCCACAGUCUUCCACAACUUCCUGUACAUGGGUGAUAGAAUAAGUGACUCAGUGGUGCUACGACCAGUAAAAGAAGUUAGUGCUCUCCAAUUGUGGAGUUAUUUGCUUGGGGAGGAGCUACGUCAUGGGCCAUCGUAUGACCCUGAAGUUCGGAGCUUAGACAGACAACAAGAGGAGGAGGCUGAGGCAGCAGAUGGAACAACUACUACAUCUCAACGCAGGAUAGUCAUGAGUGGGUAUGACUGCAUCUGGGGCAUAGAAUUAGAUGCAUUCUCAGCCCAAUUGGAGGAAUUGCGUCAUCUGGAACUAGAGCUUGGGCAUCUCCCUCAAAAAUGGAACAUGCAUUGGGAUAAGUUGGAACUACCACCACCUGAACAACUCACUCGUCAAGUUUCCAUGACAACUCAGAUGGUGCGCCACCAUGGCCGAAGUGUUCACAAGCGUAGUACGAUUGAAAUACUGAUUAGAGGAAAAACAAGUGGAAGUACUCCAGGUGGUGGUGGAGAUACCCCUCAGGGGUGUUAUUCCCACCCGCAUCGUUUUGAAAAGUACAAUUACACCACGCCCUCGUAUUGUGACCAUUGCUCUUCUUUAUUAUGGGGUCCACUUAAGACAGGGAUGCGUUGCGUGGACUGUGGGUACAACUGCCAUGAAAAAUGUAUAGAAACAGUACCCAAGAACUGUACUCGAUUUAAGAGUGUACGAGAGUCUGGUGUUAGCAUACAAACCAGCACAAAACCUACCAGCUUAGACACUACCUCUGUAGGAUCAGGUGUAACAUCCCUGCAAACUACAUCUCACCAGUACUAUGAACAGUUUUCUUCAAACGUAGCAGAAAACAGAACACAUGAAGGAUAUUUAUGGAAACGUGGUUCUCUUCUUAAAAACUGGAAACAAAGGUGGUUUGUUCUAGACAGUGUAAAGCAUCAGCUACGGUAUUAUGAUAGCAUGGAAGAUUCUCAUUUUAAGGGAAUUAUUGAGUUGUCUGAUGUUGUUGCUGUGAUCCCGUCAGGACCAACACAAGGAGCACCAAAGAAAGUUGAUGAUCGAGCCUUUUUUGAUCUCCAAACAAAACGUCGUCUCUAUAAUUUCUGUGCUUCAGACGGGCAAGCUGCACAAGAAUGGAUUGAGAAGAUACAAUCAUGUUUGCAGUAAAGUGGACUGAGGCCAUACAGGGUGAAUUUAACCAAGUUGGUUUUACAGUGAUAUGAUAGUUGGCUUAAAUUGAUAUGAUAAUUGUAUCUACUGUAAUUUGCUGAAUUUUGAAGAAAAUUUUGUUCAGUCUGGUUCCUGUCCAGUAUUAUUAUGGUGUUUUAAGACUGUUAUAUAAUUCUGAGGUUACUUUAGUAAUUUUUUUGCUGCUCAUUUAAAGCUCUCAUAAUUAUAGCAAUAAUAAUCAAUAGUAAAGUUUCCAUAUAAGUGAAAUGAUAAUUUGCCAACUGGUAAUGUGACUGAUACAUGGACUUGCCUAUCACAAUAUUUAAAUGUAUAUUAAUAGGGACUAAAAUGUUUAGGGGACCAAUCCAUACACAAAAAUAAUAUUCUUUGCAGGCUUUGUCUUCAAGGCUCAUUCUGAAUGGGAAGGUGGGUGAAGUUGAAAAUUAUGAAAACAAUCAUACUUAUUUUAAGUUUGGGGAGUUGGUCAAUCUGCUCGUGUUUUUAUAGUCUUUUUCAUUUUUCUAUUGGAAAUUUGCAUUAAGACUUAAAAGAGAGCAAAAAUAGUUGGAAUCUGAAAGACAGGAAUUUCUGUAGGUUGCAUUUAAUAGAGUAAGAGUGAUCUGAAUAUUUCUCUAGGUUUUGUUUGGAGUAACAUGAAAUUCAAUCUAAAUUCAUUUUCAUAUUACAGAUUGACUUCUUCCA